AGAGAGACACGGGGGAGCGGAGGGACUUGAAAAAGAAACAAUCGUGACGGAUUCGACAUCUUUAUUAUGAAAUGCAAACAAACUUUUCCCGGACGAUGACAGCGAUGGGUUAGAAAGGAUUGAACGCGAUGAUGGCCAAAUAAAAGCAUUAGUGUGUAAAGAUGUCCGCUCCAGCCGGGCCCCGCAGCGGGCCUGUCCUGCCGGAGAUGCCGGACCUGAGCCACCUCACCGAGGAGGAGAGGAAGAUCAUCCUCGGUGUCAUGGACAGGCAGAAGAAAGAGGAGGAGAAGGAGCAGUCCAUGUUGAAGGUCAAAGAAGAUGCAAAGUCUCAGCCAGUUCAGUGGUUUCCUUUUAGCGGAAUCACUGAUCUGGUUAAUAACGUUCUCCAGCCCCAGACAAAGUCACAAAACCAAGCCCAAACAGAGCCACCAAAGGAACCGGAGACGAAAUUACACCAGCAAUUUGAGAUGUACAAGGAGCAAGUAAAGAAGAUGGGGGAGGAAACACAGACCACCCCUGAACAGAAGGGUGAAGCCCCGACCUGUGGAAUCUGCCAUAAAACCAAGUUUGCCGACGGCUGUGGCCACCUCUGUUCUUAUUGCCAAACCAAGUUCUGUGCACGCUGUGGCGGGCGAGUUUCACUGCGCUCAAACAAGGUUAUGUGGGUAUGCAACCUGUGCCGAAAACAACAAGAAAUCCUCACCAAGUCCGGAGCCUGGUUCUACAGCGGCCCGGGGGGCACCCUGCCCUCAGGUGUGAGUGACCCUCACCGCCGCCACGAAGAAGCUCCGCAGGAGAAGAAGGCCAAACUGCAGGAAGACCCGCUUCUAUACCAGGGGCUGCCAGGGGACCGCAGCCGAGCUCCAGGACUCUCGCGACAGGCGUCUCUCAACAACGACUCUGAUCUAAAACCCAACGACCCUCUGAGCAACAGGAAAAGAAGCCCUUCAGCAACCAGGUAUCCAAACCAAAAAUACGACCAAAGGGAGGAGAAGGCGGAGCGCUCACAGUAUGCGCCAGGAGAGGGCGGCAUGCCACGAUCGCCGUCUGACUAUGGGGCCGGAGAGCGGCAAUGGCGAGGAGGCUACGGCCGCUCCUACGAGGACGCAGAGGUAGCGCGGGGUGCGUACCGUGCUCGACGGGGCGGCUGGCACUCUCAGGAAGAGUACCCGCCCGAACCAGGCUUCCUGCCUGAUGGCCUGCCCCUCAGUGAGCACGAGCUUCAGCGGCAACGACAGGAGGAGUAUCAGAACCGUUACCGCAGCGAUCCGAACCUUGCCCGCUACCCGGUCAAGCCCCAACCAUAUGAGGAGCAGAUGCGCAUGCAUGCGGAAGUCUCGCGCUUCAGGCACGAACGCCGCCACAGCGAUGUCUCCCUGGCUUACACGGAGAUGGAGGAGCCGCUGGGGCCCCUGCGUGGCCCCCACUAUUUGCCGGGCCCUGAACGCACCCAACAGAGGUCCAACCACAGUCCUCCAGGCGUAGACUCCCUCUACAGGCAACAGCACCUAGAUCCCAUCUCAGCUAUGCGGAAAAGUAAAAGAGAAAAGAUGGAGAGCAUGUUACGGAACGACUCGCUCAGUUCUGACCAAUCGGAGUCGGUCAGACCACCGCCGCCCAAACCUCACAAGACCAAGAGGGGUGGCAAAAUGAGGCAGGUAUCCCUGAGCAGCUCUGAGGAGGAACUGGCCACCACACCUGAGUACACCAGCUGUGAGGACGUGGAGAUCGAGAGUGAGUCUGUUAGUGAGAAAGGGGACAGUCAAAGGGGAAAAAGACAAACUUUUGAGCAGUCACACACCUUAUCUGAGGGCCAAAAGAAAAUGGUGCGCUUUGGGGGCCACUCUUUGGAAGAAGAUGCUGAGUGGUGUGAACCCCAGGUUAAAGACUCGGGGGUUGAUACGUGCAGUAGCACGACCCUAAAUGAGGAGCAUAGCCAUAGUGAGAAGCACCCAGUCACAUGGCAGCCCUCCAAAGAUGGAGAUCGACUCAUCGGCAGGAUUCUGCUCAACAAGCGCAUGAAGGACGGCAGCGUUCCCCGAGACUCUGGAGCUCUUCUGGGACUAAAAGUGGUCGGGGGGAAAAUGACAGAGUCCGGCCGACUUUGUGCGUUCAUCACCAAAGUGAGGAAAGGAAGUUUAGCGGAUACGGUUGGACAUCUCAGACCAGGUGAUCAGGUCCUAGAGUGGAAUGGCCGACAGUUACAAGGAGCUACAUUUAAAGAAGUUUACAAUAUAAUUUUAGAAUCAAAGCCAGAGCCUCAGAUUGAGCUAGUGGUCUCACGACCCAUUGGAGAUAUUCCGAGGAUACCAGAAAGCACACACACACAACUGGAGUCCAGUUCGAGUUCUUUCGAGUCACAGAAGAUGGAGCGGCCCUCCAUAUCCAUCACGUCUCCCAUGAGUCCUGGUGUGCUUCGGGACGCCCCUCAGUACUUAUCGGGACAGCUUACAAGCCAAAGCCUUAGUAGAAGAAUUGAGCCUUUUAACCCUAGAGUUCAGGCCAAACUCUGGUAUGACAAAGUCGGCCAUCAGCUCAUCGUCACUAUUCUGGGUGCAAAGGACCUGCUCUCAAGGGAGGAUGGCCGACCGCGGAAUCCUUACGUGAAAAUCUACUUCCUCCCUGAUAGAAGUGACAAAAGCAAAAGAAGAACAAAAACGGUAAAGAAAUCACUAGAGCCCAAAUGGAACCAGACAUUUAUGUAUUCUCCCGUCCACCGGCGAGAGUUCAGGGAACGCAUGCUGGAAAUCACGCUGUGGGAUCAGGCCCGGGUGCGAGAGGAGGAGAGUGAGUUCUUGGGAGAGAUCCUCAUCGAGCUGGAAACAGCACUGCUGGACGACGAGCCGCAUUGGUACAAGCUACAAACGCAUGACGUCUCAUCAGUGCCCUUGCCCAAGAGCUCCCCCUGCCUUCAGAGAAGAACACUUCAUGGAGAAAGCCCCACACGCAGACUUCAGAGGUCCCAGAGAAUCAGCGACAGCGAGUUCUCUGACUAUGACUGUGAGGAUGGCUUUGGCGUUGUGUCAGACCAUAGAAAUGGUAGGGACCUCCAGAGCUCCACCCUCUCUGUGCCUGAGCAGGUCUUAUCGUCCAAUCAUUGCUCUCGUUCAGCAGACAUCAACCGGGCACGGUCUCGUUCGCCUAGCGUGCCACCUUCUCAGAGUCAUUUUCUCACCUUACCUCGAACUCGACACAGUCAGCCUCAUGACACUCAGCUGAUGGAGCUCAGGAAUUACGGAGCACCAGACAGACAUGAGUAUCACCACAGGUCCCGUUCGGCAGAUCAGCGCGCUGCCAUGGAGCGUCCCAUGUACAGUCGCUCUCGCUCUACGGAGCGGCCACCCGACGGGCCCAGCAUGAGAUCAUCGAUGCCCUCCUUGCCGUCUGGACACUCCGCGCCAUCCUCCCCUGCCUUAUCGAGGCCACAUCCCCGUGGUGGAUCAGCCCAGACCAGCCCCACCGGGACCCCUGUGAACGGCAGGAGAGGACGACAGCUACCACAACUGCCUCCAAAAGGGACACUUGAAAGAAAAGACGGAGAUGAAGACCUUGAGCCAUGUCCAGGUGCUAUGGAUGUCGAGGAACGAACGCGGCAGAUGAAAUUGAAGAUGAACAAGUAUAAAACAGGAACAGGCUCUGACUCCAGACUGGAACAGGACUAUCACUCCAAGCGUUCCGGCAGGGAUCCCCAGCGGGGAGAAAACCUCUCGGCCAAAUCUUCGGACAGUGAUGUCAGUGACAUGUCUGCUGUGUCGAGAACUAGUAGUGCAUCUCGAUUCAGCAGCAUGAGCUACAUCUCUGUCCAAUCAGAACGGCCACGAGGCAGCCACAAGAUCAGUGAAUUUACAUCCAAAAUGAAAAACAGGCAAAUGGGAACGGAGGCCAGCGGCAAUAUGACCAAGAGCACCAGCAUCGGCGGGGACAUGUGCAGUCUAGAGAAGACAGACGGCAGCCAAUCAGACACAGCCGUGAGUCUAGUGGGAACCGUUGACAAAAAACGCCGUUCCAGCAUUGGAGCAAAGAUGGCGGCGGUCGUGGGGUUGAGUCGAAAGAGUCGCAGCGCCUCCCAGCUCAGCCAGACAGAAGCUGGAGGAAAGAAGCUGCGUAGCACGAUUCAGAGGAGCACAGAAACCGGUCUGGCUGUAGAAAUGCGUAGCCGAAUGACGCGGCAGGCCAGCCGUGAAUCAAACGACGGCAGCAUGAAUAGCUACAGCUCAGAGGGGAACCUCAUCUUCCCUGGGGUACGACUCUCUUCUGACAGUCAGUUCAGCGAUUUCCUGGAUGGACUUGGCCCCGCCCAGCUCGUUGGAAGACAGACAUUAGCCACACCCCCUAUGGGUGACAUUCAGAUCGGGAUGGUGGAGAAGAAAGGAGCACUGGAGGUGGAGAUCAUCAGAGCCAGAGGCCUUGUGGGAAAACCCGGUUCUAAGGCACUGCCAGCCCCUUACGUGAAGGUGUAUCUACUGGAGAAUGGCGCCUGCAUAGCCAAAAAGAAAACAAAAGUAGCACGGAAAACACUGGACCCAUUGUACCAGCAGCAGCUGUCAUUUGAAGAGACUCCAGGAGGAAAGGUUUUACAGAUCAUUGUGUGGGGAGACUAUGGACGUAUGGACCACAAAUCCUUCAUGGGAGCCGCUCAGAUACUUUUAGAUGAUCUGGACUUGUCCAAUAUGGUGAUUGGCUGGUUUAAGCUGUUCCCUCCCUCUUCAUUGGUCGAUGCAACCCUGGCCCCCUUGACUAGAAGAACUUCCCAGUCGUCCCUCGACAGCGGUUCUGGGCCAUUCGGUCGUUCGUAGCAGUUUCCUGAAAUAUAGCGUUAUUGUAGCAACCAUUGGGUGGAGUUUGAGAUUUGCGACAGGUCCCGUCUCCCCGAUAACACUGCAUGCUUGAUGUUGUGCGUUCAGAGCUUGUUUCGUAGGGGUGAAAAAAGGGGUCCUGUUUUUGCUUGCAAAAAAAAUGUUGCACACAUUGUGCGCAAAGAGCACCCCCUAAGGGUAGGGGCAAGACAGGUGAAGGAAGCUGGAAAUGGGCUCCGUAGCUUGAGGAAAUUCACAAUUUCAGUCACCAGUCGAGUUGCUAAGAAGCCCUUUUUGAAAUGGGGUAAAACGUUCUCUUUGACUUUUAGUUUUCCAUUUAAUUCAUGUUUCUUUUAAAUGUUGAUGUACUGUAUUUGUAUCUACAUGGGCUAACAGUGUUCCUUACCAUAUCCUGGGUCAAGCCAUGCCAACAGACUCAGAAAUGUACACAUUAAACAUAAAAUAUAACAUGGGAAAUAAGUGAACAGCUCUAAUCUAGCACCUCACUCCCCAGAAUAUGUUCUGCUAGAUCAAUGCACUGUAGGUUUAAAUCAUCUUGAUGAACUUUUAAGAUCAAAUUGAUAAAAUUCUCUUGAUACUGAAUGAAACUUUUUAUUUUUAUUUUUUAUUAUAAAUUGUUUUUCUUUUUUCUUUUUUUUUUUUUUGCAUGGACAACUUUAGCUGAACUUAAAAAAAUAAAAUAGAAAAUAAAUAAAGAAUAUUUUCUUGAGACUGCAAAUUGCAAAAAAAAAAAAAAAAGAAAAAAAAAAGACUAAACAAGAAAAAGGAAAACUAACCGAAUCAGCCAUUUUCAUUUUUUUUUUUAUUUUGAAAAUUAUUUACACUAGUGCAUGGUUUUCAUGGGGACAGUGUGAUUUAAAAAACAAACCUUGUUUUUUUUGUUGUUGUCCUGCAGACCAUUCAUUGGUCUCUUUAUUUUUUACAGACAUGCAGAAAAAUGAAGAACUUAACAGUUUAUUU